GAUGUGAACAGCUCGGCCAUUGGAUUUCGCAGCAGUUAUUUGGUAAUGUGCGUGCACAUUAUGACCGGCAAUGUCUCCCAGCAAUGACCAUGAAUCAAGCCUCGCUCGAUACCGCGCUCGCUGGACAGAAUGUCCAACAGGCAUCUGAUGACGGGUGCAGCGGGCUGCACCAUGACUUCUCGAGUUCCGGCGGUAAUGUCCGCGGCCGACGCAGCAGCGCCUGGGCGAAACUGCACAUCCCCUAAAAAGCCUACUGCAUAUUCAAGACUUGGGGUGAUUGCAAUACCGGAUGGGGGCGAAACCAUUCUGCGGCGUUGUGAAUGGCUGGCCAACGCAGGCGUUGAGCAGCAGCAUGGGGAUUCAGCCCGCGGUGCCGUACGACUCAUGAGGUAUUUAGCAGCAGGCGCCCGCGCCAAGAAAUUACACCGCGCCAAUCACAGUAGGUGAGUCCACUGUAUCAGCGAGCUAGCUCGCAAGCGCGGAGUGCACUGCGCGCAGCAGUAGUCCUACCUUACCGAGCCAUCUACCUACCUACCUGGUCUCUGGCAAUUCCCCUUUCACCCAGGCACCAAAGUAGAAGCGAGCCACGAAAUCGGAAACAGGCGCUGUAUGCAGGGCUUCCAUAGCAGCAGCCGCAAUAUUUAAUAAUGUCGUCUCCAUCGCUAAUGGCAAGGGCACCCCGUUGCGGGCCCGUCAUAGCGAGCCUGCUUAUCUUCUGGGCCUUCACUAUCACGCCAAGUGUGUCAGCGGGGCGCUCGCUGUUCGCGGCAGGUGGCCAGCAGGCUGCUGCGCCGUCGGCAUGCGCGCAGCUGCAGGGUGGAAGCGACCCGUGCUUCCCUGGCAAGUGCCAAGGGAAAUCUAGCAGCGAAUUCAGCUGCACGUGCCCGUCUGGCUACAAGUUGGCUGCGAGCAACAAGAAGUGUGACGCGGACCCUUGCGCCUCCGUUGAUUGGGAGUCGGUCGACGCCUGCGUCUUCGCAAACGCCCAGCUCUCGGUGACCUGCAAGUCCGGCUUCAACUCCUAUAACUCCAACAGCAAGAAGUGCCGUGGGUUGCAUGAGUACGACACCAACAGAAAGAGCUGGAUGGUGGCGGCUUCAUCACCCCCUCCGCCUCCGCCUCCCCCAUCCUUCAUACUUUCGUUCCGUGCGGCCGGUAGCAGUACCCUUUGCAUGACUGCGAACUCGACCGGCGGAAAUAUGUACUCUGCUACGUGUUCCACGGCUCUGUCAGCCUGGCAGAAUUUCAUGGUCGAGGACACGAACACCCCAAACCAGUAUGUGAUCAAGCUGGCUGCGAAUCCGACCAUGUUGCUGAACUACAGCGGCUCGCUUAGCAACAACACCGCCAAGGCGGCCAUUUCCAGCGACGUUGCUUCGAUAAGGACCUGGACUGUGAGCAGCAGGACUCCGGGGACAAUCACGUCAAUCGGCCUGGCGGGCACGGACCGAUGCAUUGCUUACCCUACGUUCUCAGUUGGGACCUGCUACCUCUUAUUGUCACAGAGGACGUACGCUUAUGCUGCAGUUGUGUGAUGAGUUCAUCAUCGAUCAUCAUCCAUCCAAAGGGCCCACAUCAUGCAAUUGGUGCACGAGCCUUGCCUGCAGUAUUCAUUAUGCGAAGCUUAAAGGAAACGAUGCAAUCGAUGUGAUUGAUAAUGCCAGCUAGCUGCGGCGAGCGUGUGUGUCCAGUGUGUCCGUAUGUGCGGCGCGCACAUGCAUGAGCGCUUGUCUGUCGACGUGCAUGGGCGCUAGGCUGAUGUAUGCCUUAGUGGGCAGCAGCAGCCUAUCCAGGGUAUCAGCACGCGCGCAAACAAGCACGCGUGCGUGUUGCGCUCUGUGGUGCUUUCGGUCUCAGUGCACGUCACUGCAACUGCAUGGGGCACUAAAAGGACUCCGAUAAUUUAUUGAGAGACAGUAACCGUACGAAGCGAGGUGGACGGACGCGAGGUGUGUGUUUCAGACGACUCUCCUGACCUGCUGCUGUUGGCAUAUGCAUGGCAGGCAAGCCGGUCGCAACCUGUAUUAAUGGGGCGUGCAUUCAUAGAUGAAUUGGCUCGGUUCAAGGAGUGAUAUCGACUCACGCAGCUGCUGUGUUUUCAUUCAUGACUUGGCACGCCCAGGGCAACUAAUUAAAAGGUUUCUGUAACCCCUAUAUAUG